AAAAUUAUUUUUGCUAUGUAUCCGUACUUUAUUUAUGAUAAAGUGCAUAACAAAUUAAAUUUAUAAUUAUCACAAAUAAUAUGAGAUGGAAUCAUAUCGUAUCGACGGCGAGAUUACAAAAACUGCGUCCCUUAUCAUAGUAGAUAACGAUGGUAAUAUCAAUGACACAAAACUAGCGUAAAAGCUCCAUAUGACAAGCAUGCCAAAUAUGGGACAAAUAGGUGUAUCAAGUCCUUAUUAUGGAUCUCCAGCUAGUGGGCAAGGACAUGGUGUUACUAAUAGUCUUACUAAUAGUCUUACUAAUAGUCUCUAGUAUGUACUAAUAGUCUUGUUGGAAUUUUUGCACCACAACAAAAAGGAAUGGGAACAAAUAUGACUGCUAUGCAAGAUAGCAGAUUUGGAGGAACUGGAGGUCCUAUUAGUUCUACAAAUAUUGUGGGUGGGCAAGAAGGUGGUAUGGCUCAACAAGCUCAACCACCUGCACCAAGUCCAGCCCAACCUCAAUCUGAUGCACCAAGUGGAGGUCAACCUGGUUCACAAGCUAUUCAGGGUCAAAUGCCUGGCACCGGUGCUCCAACUGGUACUACAAAAUCAACUGCUGAUCCAGAAAAACUUAUCCAACAACAAUUAGUUCUUUUACUUCAUGCACAUAAAUGUCAACGACGUGAAAGUCAAGCAAAUGGUGAUGUCUGGCAAUGUUCGUUGCCAGAUUGUAAAACUAUGAAAAAUGUAUUAACUCAUAUGACUACUUGUCAAGCAGGGAAAAAUUGUACAAAACCACAUUGUAGUUCUUCAAGACAAAUUAUUAGUCAUUGGAAACAUUGCAAUCACAAUGAUUGUCCUGUAUGCCUAUCUUUAAAGCAAGCAAAUAAGAAUAAAACGACAAAUACUGCUGCAGCAUCUACAACUCAACCAAAUAGUCAACCAAAUCCGAGUCAAACCGAAAUGAGAAGAGCGUAUGACGCAUUAGGAAUUCCAUGCCCUACUACAACGCCUGGUUUAGUAGCAAGUCAAUGUGUUACUAGGAGAAUGCCAACACCAGGCAUGCAAGGAACACCCGGAACUAUAGGAAAUGUCCGAUUAACUCAACCUCAAACUCAGACUGCACCAGGUCAAUCCAUAGUUGGUGCCGGGCAACAAGUUGUUGCUCCAAAUGUUUCUCUUCCUUUAAAUCCAGAUCCUAAUACAGUUGGUGUAGCUAGUAAUCAAGCAGCACCUACCACCGGCCCCACGCCUGCUGCUGCAGCAACUGCUGCAAACAUACAACAAUCUGUCAAUAUGCAACAAUUAUUUAGUUUAAAUGAUUCAGGACAAUUUAGUGUUCCAAAUGAAAAUAGAUUGGCUAAUCUUCAACUUCCAGCUGGACUUCAAUCAGGUCAAGUAACAGCAACAUCGAUACAGGAAUCAAAAGAUUGGCAUCAAACUGUAACACCAGAUCUUAGAAAUUAUUUUGUUCAUAAAUUAGUUCAAAAAAUAUUUCCCACUACUGAUCCGCGGGCUAUGCUUGAUAAAAGAAUGCAUAAUCUUGUUGCAUAUGCAAGAAAAGUUGAAAGUGAUAUAUAUGAAAUGACCAAUUCAAGAUCACAGUAUUACUAUUUGCUUGCCAAAAAAAUUUACAAAAUUCAAAAAGAAUUGAAAGAAAAACGACAAAAACGAAAGAAACAACAGGAAUAAUUACAUGCUCAACAACAAUUUUGAUUUCAAUUUUAUAGGAAAAAAUUGGAUUUUUUUAUUU